AUGCCCACAACCUCUCGCCCGACUGUAGCAUGGUACAUCGAUAACAACGCGGGUUCGCAUGCCGAGCGCGCAAAAGUGUUACGAAGAGAAGGCUUCAGACCCACGUCGCUGUGUGGCUACGGAAACCCUAGUGAGACCCGAUACGCUGCGACUUGGAUACACGAUGGAACAACUGGCCAUUCCUGGCAGAUGACAUGGGGUUUGGACCUGAAAGCGUUCGACGAAUGGGUUCAAAAGUGGGAGAUGGAGGGCUUUCUAAUGGCCAUGCUCAGCGCAAAUGGGCCAGCAGACAGAGCCGAGUUCCACGGCGUUAUGGUACUUCCCAAGCAACGCCUCAAAUGGGCUUAUAAAUGUGAUAUCAAGGACCUCGACAAAUGGAUGGCAGGUAAGGAUGACAACGGUAUAUCCAGAGUUGUCAGUUUCCGCAUGUACGGGGAACUGGACAACAGAAGAUAUUGUGUUUUGAUCCACGAGAACAAAGGCAACGAGCGAUGGGCACUGGAACAUUCCGAGUCAGGUUUGAUGCCAGACUCGAGUUGGGUCUCAGAAUUCAACUACCCGCAUGUAUCACGACAAUUCCUACAUCCUGCCAAGCUCUUCAUAUCUGACGAUGGUGUAAUUACACCUCUAAUGACUGACAUGAGCGUGGGAGGUUGGUCAGCCGCAAUUCGUCUCAAUCAAUCAGAGAUGGUUAAGGAGAUCGGUAGACAAGGCCAUCAGUGGUUCAUGCCGGUCGACAUACAGGGAGCCUCAGGUUUCGGCAAGACACAGUUCAACGCUGUCUUCGCUGAACGCACGAGAUAUCAGCCUCGAGUAUGGGCAGCACACGGACAGACUUCGGGUUUCAGGAACAACGAAAAGGCAAAAAAGGAGCUGGACAAAAUCAUGAGCCUAUUCAUCAAGGAUAACGGUGUUCGACAAGCCCAAAUAUCCAUCGGGAUGAGGGGUCACGCCUUUCUCGAGCGAAGCUACACAUAUGCCGAAUCAGCUUAUGGCACCGUGAAACCUCACGAUGUUUUCCUCCUCGGAGGUGUCAGCAAGAUGUUUCUAUACGCAGCCAUCGAAUGGUGCGUUGAUCAAUUACUGGUUACAUACGACACACCUGUCUACAAGUUGCUGGGUUAUCGCAACGCCUUCGACAAGCGAGUAGAAGACAUUACCAUCCAGCAUCUUGUUGAUCACACAGCAGGAUACGACCGAGACCAAUCUGGGGAAGCCGCUUUCGAAUUCGGCAAGGUUGGACUGCAACUACCGCACAAUGGCACAGAACCCGCCACUCUUCACGACGUGAUCAAAUACAAGCUCAAGAAGAAGCUCGAUUUCAACCCAGGCGAGCGUAUGGUUCACUCCCACUACGGCUCUUUACUAUUGGGCGCAGUAGUAGCGAACCUUACCGAAAUGCCCUAUGUGGAUUUCCUCAAGAAACACAUCCUCGAUGGCCUUGAUGUGUCACUGUUCGAAACUGACGCUAGGGCUCACUACAAGGAUAACAUUGUCCAACAAGGUUUGCAGAUUGGUGUCGAUGCUAGAUACCCCGGGAAAGGAGAGUAUGUCUCUGGAGUAUAUGGGGGAGAUGGUGCUAUUAAGGAAGAAACUGCCGCUGCCUUUUCUCUCCGCGCGAGCGCUACCAGUGUAAUGAAGUUUGCUGCCCGGCAUUCCGUUGCCAGAACCGGUAAACGCAAGGAUGGCUACCGCAGGGGAGGAAUAGAGGGUGGUUACGCCUACGUCGAGUCAUACGGUGAUUUCGACUUUGCCAUUCUCUUCAACACAAGGGAGUUUGCUUCCAAGAACGCGGUUCUGGGCCUUGCGCACGACAAGAUUCGGAAGUUUAUCGAUCGAAGCGUGGCGGAGAGAAAGUAUGGUUCAUUUACGCUCACCUGUAACCCUGGGCCCGAAAUCUUCGACAAGGCUUUCCCUGAACUGGAAGACGUACCUCUGGACUCUUUGGAGCAUCUGCCUGAUUGUACAAAGGAGGAAUUGGAUGAGAUUAUGCACGAUAGAAAGGACCUUGAUUAG